AUGGCUCCAAGCAAGUACACGCUGGCCACUCGGCUCACUCUCGCGAACGGCAAGACCAUCCCGCAGAUCCAGCUGGGUCUGUACAUGAUGUCCGGCCGCGAGGUCACAAAGGCCGUCCCCUGGGCCCUGGCCGCCGGCUACCGCGGUUUCGACUGCGCGCAGAUGUACCGCAACGAGAGGGAGGCGGGCAAGGCGAUCCGCGACUUCCUGGCCAGCGGAGAGAACUCCCAGGGCCUGACGCGAGAGGAUAUCUUCUACACGACCAAGCUGGCCAGCAACAGUACCUCGUACGACGCCGUGCGCAAGUCCAUCAAGCAGUCCGUCGACGUCUCCGGCCUCGGCUACGUCGACCUGUUCCUGCUCCACAGCCCGUACGGCGGCAAGGAGGCCCGCCUGACGAGCUGGAGAGCGGUGGAAGAUGCGAUAGACGCCGGUGAGGUGAAGAUGGGCGGCGUCAGCAACUACGGUGUCGCCCACAUUGAGGAGCUGAUGGUUUCCAAGCCCCGCGUCGCCCCCGUCAUCAACCAGAUCGAGGUUCACCCGUUCAACACCCAGACGCACAUCAGGGAGACGUGCGCCAAGCACGACAUCGCCAUCGAGGCCUAUGCGCCGCUGGCUCGUGGGAUGCGCAUGAAGCACCCCAAGAUCCUCGAGCUGUCCAAGAAGUACGGCUGUACUCCGGCCCAGCUGUUCGUUCGCUGGUCGCUGGACCACAACAUGAUCACUCUCCCCAAGAGUGUGCGCCGGGACCGUCUGAUUGAAAACGCCGACGUUUCAGGCUUUGAUAUCUCCAAGGAGGACCUGGCUGCUAUGGACGCAUUGGAUGAGCACUUGGUCACUGACUGGGACCCGACCGAGACUCCAUGA